CGGUUUUCACCCAAGUUGAGUAGCAACUAGUUCCGCGCUCUUUAGUGAAGAUGUUCAAUUUUCUCACGUCUCAUUCGUAAACAACAGAGUACCCCGAGUCUUUGCUUUCUGUUUAUUUUUUAUCGGGUAUUCCUUUGUGGCCUUCAUAUUCGUUUCGUUGGGACGUUUUUCAUUUUUGUUUGUUUUAAAGGACAUUUUCCUUACAAGGGUUUUGUGCAAUGAAAAGAAAAUUGGUUACGGAAAGAUAUUUUUUUAAUUAUUUUGUUAUUGUAAUAUUUGUCUUAUUUUUUAUUAAAAAUGUUGAUUCCCUUCAUCGAACGCUUAAACACUUUGAGAUUUUCCACAAAGAUGAAGUCCAGCAUCGUAUUGUGAAAAGAGGUGCCAAACAUAGCAAUAAUCCUUUUAAUGUCAUCAAAGAAGUGGAAUUCAAAACAUUGGGUAAAAAUUUCCGUUUAAUUCUGCAUCCUCAUCGAGAGGUUUUGCAUAGUAAAUUUAAGGCAUACACAGUGGAUGGUGAUGGCAAUGAGACUGUUGUGCAUUUGGACCACGACAAUUUCUACAGCGGAAGAGUUUUUGGUGAAGUUGAUUCAUCUGUGCGGGCUCACAUUGAGGAUGGUUUAAUGACAAUGUCUAUUAAUCUACCCGAUGAGGCCUAUCAUGUUGAGCCUACUUGGCGCCAUCUACCCACCGCCAAAGAUAACACCAUGGUUGCUUAUCGUACGUCAGAUAUAAAAAUGAAUUGGCAGCAUCCCCAAAAAGGAGACAUGGGUGGGGCUCCACUUACCUGUGGCUAUGUCAAGGAAGGAUUAGAGUUAGAAGCUGACGAUGAUGAUGAAAAUCCCGACAAUGAUCAUGACAGUGAUCAUGAUCAUAAACCCCAGUCACAGCUUCUAUCCUCGGUGCACAAUGAACCGCAUAAGAGAUCAAAACGGCAAGCCGAUCAAUAUGAAUACACACCCACAAAGACACGAUGUCCCCUACUUCUUGUGGCAGACUAUAGAUUUUUCCAGGAAAUGGGUGGUGGCAAUACCAAAACCACCAUUAAUUACUUGAUAAGCCUUAUAGAUCGUGUCCAUAAAAUCUACAAUGAUACCGUAUGGCAAGAUCGUUCGGAUCAGGAAGGUUUCAAGGGUAUGGGUUUUGUGAUUAAGAAAAUUGUUGUACAUUCCGAACCAACUCGUUUGAGAGGUGGUGAGGCGCACUAUAACAUGAUCCGAGAAAAAUGGGAUGUUCGAAAUUUACUAGAGGUCUUUUCACGCGAAUAUAGCCACAAAGAUUUUUGUUUAGCCCAUCUAUUUACGGACCUGAAAUUCGAGGGCGGAAUUUUGGGCUUGGCCUAUGUUGGCUCGCCCAGACGUAAUUCUGUGGGCGGCAUUUGUACACCAGAAUACUUCAAAAAUGGCUACACAUUGUAUUUGAAUUCGGGAUUGAGCAGCUCACGCAAUCACUAUGGCCAGCGUGUAAUUACACGCGAAGCAGAUUUGGUGACGGCCCAUGAAUUCGGUCACAAUUGGGGCUCAGAACAUGACCCGGAUAUACCAGAAUGCUCACCGAGUGCCUCACAGGGUGGCAGUUUUCUAAUGUAUACAUAUUCCGUUAGUGGUUAUGAUGUCAACAACAAGAAAUUCUCACCCUGCUCGUUGCGUUCAAUACGUAAAGUGCUGCAAGCCAAAUCGGGUCGAUGUUUCUCGGAACCAGAAGAAUCGUUCUGCGGCAAUCUUCGUGUUGAGGGCGAUGAACAGUGCGAUGCUGGUCUUCUGGGCACCGAAGACAACGAUGCUUGCUGCGAUAAAAAUUGUAAAUUGCGUCGCAAUCAAGGUGCCGUUUGCAGUGAUAAAAAUUCACCAUGCUGCCAGAACUGCCAAUUUAUGCCGGCUGGGGUGAAGUGUCGUGACCAGGUCUAUGCCACAUGUGAGAGGGAAGCACGUUGCACGGGUACACAUGCUGAAUGUCCCAAAUCUCCGGCCAUGGAUGAUGGCACGAUGUGUCAAGAGCGUGGCCAGUGUCGUAGCGGCAAGUGCAUUCCAUACUGUGAGACGCAGGGCUUGCAGAGUUGUAUGUGUGAUAUAAUACAAGAUGCUUGUAAAAGAUGUUGUCGUAUGAGUAUAAAUGAAACCUGUUUCCCGGUUGAGCCACCGGAUGUCCUACCGGAUGGUACUCCAUGUAUUCAAGGUUUUUGUAAUAAGGGUGUUUGCGAGAAAACCAUACAAGAUGUUGUGGAACGGUUUUGGGAUAUCAUUGAAGAAAUCAAUAUUAACCGUGUACUGAGAUUUUUAAAGGAUAACAUUGUCAUGGCUGUUGUUGUGUUCACCUCCAUCUUUUGGAUACCAGCCAGCUGUGUCAUAUCCUAUUUCGAUCGUAAAAAAUUACGCCAUGAAUUGAAACAAAUCGAAUGGAGUCAAAAGAAUGAUCUAAUACAUCCAGGUGAUAGACGACGUGUCAUACAUAUAAGGUAAAAGGUACCGCGACAAAAGAUGUCAAUGGCACGCAUGUAAAUAUGAAUGCACAAAAUGAGAUGUAUUUUUUUAGGAUUGUGGAGAAUAAUUUUAGAGGCGUAGUUUAAAAUUCGAUAAUGCAUUUGUAAUAUUAAGAUAAUAGUAAUUAAAAACACAGAUAUAUAGCACAUACCCUGAAAUAAAAAGCGAUUUGGUCAAAACAUUUUAAA